UGUUGACUUUGAAAUAAUUAGUCGGGUAAAGAACGCAGACAGUACAGGAGGUUCUUAUCUAGCGAAAAUAUCUGAUUUAAGAAGUUAAGAAAAUUAGGAAGUUAAAAUCGAAAUGAGUGCCCACGGAGUUGACGAAGAUCUUACACCUGAGCAAAUUGCUGUUUUGCAAAAAGCUUUCAAUAGUUUUGAUAAUCAAAAAAGUGGCAGUAUCCCAACCGAAAUGGUGGCCGAUAUUUUGCGUUUGAUGGGUCAACCUUUUGAUAAGAAAAUCCUGGAAGAACUUAUUGAAGAAGUUGAUGAAGACAAAUCCGGUCGUUUAGAAUUUGGGGAAUUCGUGCAGUUGGCUGCCAAAUUCAUUGUUGAAGAAGACGCCGAAGCUAUGCAAAAGGAAUUGCGCGAAGCUUUCCGUUUGUAUGACAAACAAGGUAAUGGUUAUAUUCCUACAACAUGCCUCAAGGAAAUCCUUAAAGAAUUGGAUGAUCAGUUAACUGAACAUGAGUUGGACAUUAUGAUUGAAGAAAUUGAUUCAGAUGGUUCUGGUACUGUUGAUUUUGAUGAAUUUAUGGAAAUGAUGACAGGCGAAUAAUACAACAAAC